AAUAAUCAUGUGGCCUCUGCUCUGGUAUCAUAAAAAUUGCCACCUGUAUAGCCAUAUUGAAACUUGUCACCAUGCCCUUUCUUUCACUUUGGAACUUUCCUACUUAAGGCAGCCCUUGCCAAAAUUCAGACGUCCGACUUGACUUGCACACGAAGUAAAAUUCAGAUCGAGAAAGAACAAAUUCUGAAUCAACAGAUCUAGGGUUCCAAGACUACUCCGGCGAUGGCGUUAGAGUGGGUGGUUCUGGGUUACGCCGCCGGCGCGGAGGCCAUCAUGGUCCUUCUCCUCACCAUCCCCGGGCUCGAUCCUCUUCGGAAGGGCCUCGUCGCCGUCACGCGCAAUCUCCUCAAGCCCUUCCUCUCUAUCGUCCCCUUUUGCCUCUUCCUUCUCAUGGACAUUUACUGGAAGUACGAGACUCGCCCUCAUUGUGAGGCUGAUACCUGCACCCCUACCGAGUUCCUCCGCCACCAGAAGUCCGUCAUGAAGAGCCAGCGCAACGCCCUCCUCAUCGCCGUCGCGCUUGUCUUCUACUGGCUCCUCUAUUCCGUCACGAACUUGGUGGUGCGGAUCGACCAGUUGAAUGAGCGCAUCCUGAGGUUGAAGGCUAAGGAGUGAAAUGAAUGGGCUUGGAGAAGAGAUAAGUGUGUUUGUGCUCAUUGGUUUUUGUUAACGAUGAAUUCCAUAUGUUGAUUUUGUUUUAGAUUUUGAAUUUUAGCUCUGUAGUCUAUUGUGUUGUGUUUGGAUUUUGAAGGAUUAUUGGUGGUUCUUUGGAGUUAUUUCGAUAAAACUAGCUUUUCUUCUUGUUAAAU